UUCUUGGUGUUAAACUUGACAUACACUAGUAGAGUUAAUUAUACUCUAGAUAGAGUUAAAUGCAAUAUAAUUAACUCUCAGUCGAUAAAUAGUUGUUGUCAAAACCGAGUGUAAAAAGGAAGUGUCACUAAAUCAAACCUGUAAGUGUUAAUGUUUAAAUAUUAACUCCGAAUUUCUUACUCUAAACACUGAUCCUGUAUUUCACACUCUAAGUGUCAACGCCGCCCUUCCCCCUUACACCGCCUUAUAUCUCGACUGCGUCGAAUCGUCUGCUGAAGAGAGAGCAACGUCUCAACUUAAACGGCCGCAUUGUUCGGUAAGUACAUGAGGUAAUUUGUUGUAUUUUACAUUAAUAUUACUCUAAAGGCGCCCGGUCGCUUUUCAGUAGUGCCACGGUAACUUGUCACGCUGUAACUAUCCUAACCACCCGAACACCUGCUUAAUGAGCUAACGGUUAGCAUGCAUGCUGGUCUCACUGUAACAUAAAAACUGAGUAAUGGCAGUAAACGGUAAGUUAAGAUGAGUGAAACGAGUCAUGCCGUUUGUAACCAUAGAUAUAAAACGUGAUAAAAUGAUACUAACUGUUCGGAAUUGCUAGUUAGCGUGCUAACGCUAGCAAGCUCUUCGUCCAAAGUGAUUUCGAUAUUUUUUGUUGCGAAAAUAGCACAGUUCUUGGUGAAGUAUAAUAUAACGUUUUGUCAGUAUCAACCACAUACCGUGAAAUUGCUGUUUUUGACAGAGUGCUCAUGUUUAUGGUGCCAAAACGGCAUGGUGUCUUUCUAGCUGGGUCACACUCACAUAUCACUAUUAUUUUAAGAGAGAGUUGUAUUUCUAAGUGUCAUAUGGUUUAUCUUGGUAGACACUGCAAUGUUGGUUCCCUCAAUGACAUGAAAAUAACAUUAUUUAUUUUAAUUUUUUAUCUGUCUGUCUUUUAACAUGUGUAGAUGCAUUAAUGUCUCCUGACAUUUCAUGUGAAAAUGCUGGCAAAGGUGGAAUACGGAGGAGUCCAAAAAUACAUAAAAGUUCCCCAAAUUGUUGAAAACUUUGACUUCCAGAAGUUUCUUCAAGAAGUAUCGGACAAAUUUAGUCUGCAGGCCCAACUUGUGACUGAAGGUGUGCUCAGCUUGACUGACACAUCAGAUACCGAGGUUGAUGCCAACACAUUCGAUGAGCUGGUCAAGUCAGGGGUGAGAAACUUCAAGGUUGGAUAUCGCCAGCAUCCAGCAACGGACAUUUGUAUUGUAUUGGAUGAAUCAGAUUCAUCUGUAAUACCAGACUCAUCACCAUCUCCUGCAUCACUGCCAGUCCCCCCGGUAUCACCAGCCUCUACGCCAGACUUCGCAGCACCGUCACCGGCGUCUUCCAAUUCAUCAGAUUCUACUAUUAUCCUCCCAACCACAAAGAACAGGAAGAGGGCCAGGAAAGAGUUGGAUCGUGAUGAAGCAAGACAGAGGGUUGAAACUGCUCUGAGCUCUAAUCCGAAGGGUGAAGAAAUCUUCAGAGAGUAUAACAAAACCAAAACACUGUCAGUUGUGACACGCAAGCAGAUGGUCAACAUUCUGGUUGCAGAAAUGAUAGAAACAUACGGGAGGAUUCCACCAAUGCAUGUCCGGGCCAGUUAUGCACUUGGAAUUGUGACCCUUUUUCCAUAUCUCCAAGAUCCUUACUCAAAACAUGGAUAUGAACACUACUAUGAUCCUCAGGCCAAUACUGGCUAUCUUGCAUGGAGACUCAAGACGGUACAACGCAACACCUGUGAUGGCUUCCGUGAGUGUUCCAGGCCUGAUUUCCAGGACAGCCUGACAACCCAUCGAGAAUCUCUGUUAACUGGUGAUCAGCUUCUUGGUGAGGAGUGCAAGGAGGCUCUUUCCAUAAUGAGACACUCGAUGGACACAUCUGUGGUUAGAGAGAAGAUGAGAGCCACCUUUGACUACAGACAGAAGCUGGUUCAUGACCAUGAUGCAACAGCUUCAGUGUUGGAUGUCUUCCCUCGUUUUCUUGAUACAGCAGGACUGAUUGAACAGGAUUUUUCCAUGAUGUUUGGGGACCAUGUCUCUGGAAGGUUUCUUGCAAGGUGGUCUUCAGAUUUCAAGCACAGAGUCGUCACAGAAUGCCAGAGUGUUCCCUCAAGUUCUUACGUUGAAGAGCUGCUGGCUGCUUCUGAUCUUGAGGUUGAGAAUGACUACGGCUGGGAUAGUGACAUGUCUGCUCUCCUGCUGCUGUUGCAUCUUCUGCCCCCCACAUCAAAAGGCCAGAAAAAAACUCCCAAGAUGAGCUCAGCACAGGCAGCCAAUCAUGUUGUCAGAUUCAUUAAGGAAGGAGCCAGCCUCACUACAUUCCUGGAUAAAGUCGAUGCAAGGCAGCCUUUCCUCCUUUGCAUCGGAGAGCAAAAGAAGAAAAUCACAAGGUUCUUCAUUGUUGUGGACCAGAAAGCUAUCCCAUGCAGCGCUCAGACAUCGGUGGCUGCUUUUGAUGUGCUGUUCAAGACUCACUAUGUCUUCAGCCUCUCCUAUGAUGAAGCACUUUCUGCAUUCUACACUUUCAUCCAAACAACAAUAUACAACAUUGAUGUUGGAACCACAAAGGAAACCCCACGAGUCAAGGAACUGAGGGCCAAACUACUGCAAGACUAUUAAAAUGCCACCAGUUCACAAAGGUCAGUCUGUCUGAUACAGCUGUCAAAUUGUACAAAAAUUGGGUUCGAAAACGUUUAAAAUUACGUGCAGUUUGUUAAAAGAUAUUCGAAUAUCUUGUGGUGGUGUCGUAAUUGUCCACUUGGGACCGAUGCUUUACUACAUGUUGUUUUUUGUUUACUGUGAGGUCAAAAGUGCAAUAGGUCAAGUUUAUGAAAACGUUUUAGAGCGCCCUCUGCUGCCUCACAAGGGAAACUCCUUCAAAUACUCUGAUGCAUUUAUACAGGCGCUCAAGCGGGUCAUUACCGUUCGAAUGCAGACUUUUCACACUAUGUUUAAAUGAAAAGUGACAGCCCUACUGUCUGAGUAUGUUCACAUGUUUUGUUUGUAAAAAGCACCACAAAAAGUGUUCAGUUCUUUGUCAACAUUUAAAAUUUCAGCAUGGACUGUAUCCAGCUAAAAACUUGCGUUUGAAAUGUGGAGAGCAAGGAUGUCCUUCAUCAUUUUGUACAUUCAGUGGCUUCAGAAAGCACCUAAAGACUGUUCAUAAGAACCAUGAUGAACUGGUUGAUACUAAUCUGGAAGUGGCCACACAAAGGCAUUUUGAGUUUGAAUCUUUAAGUGAACAGCCAACAACUUCUGCUGCAUCCAUGUUACAUGUUCCCCCUGUAAUUACACAGAACUCACUUGAAGGAAUGUGUGGUUCAGUUGUUUCACACUUACAAACCUCUGGUUGUUCUCAAAGCACUAUCCAGACAAUAGUUUGUUCAAUGGAGGAAGUUAUUAGUGAUGUUCAGAGUCGAGCACAAGAAGCAGUUCUCCAAACAUUGUCCUCUGAAACUAAGGAUUCAGAAAUUUAUAAGAAAGUAGAGCACUGUUUAAAUCAAUUAGACAAUCCCUUUUCAAAAUUUAACACACAGACGAAGAGACAAAAAUAUUAUGAUGAAAAAUGGGAAAUAGUUGAACCUAAAGAGUUUGUUCUUGGUGUGAGAAUGGAUACACGUAGAAACAGAACUACAGGUGUAUAUAGUCAGAUUCCUGUAACAGACAAGUACAUGUAUGUACCCAUUUUAGGUACACUGAAAUCAAUUUUCAAAAACGGUGAGAUAAGAGAAUGCUUCCUGCAAGAGAAACAAUGUAAGAAGGGGACAUACAAAGACAUUAACGAUGGGUCUUAUUUCCAAAACCAUCCUCUUUUUUCACAACAGAGACAUGCUCUGCAAAUUUUACUUUACUACGAUGAUUUUGAAACGGCUAAUCCGUUGGGUUCUAAGAAGGGGAUCCAUAAACUCGGUUGUGUUUAUUUUACUUUAAAAAACUUCCCACCCAAGGUGAACUCUGUGCUAAUGAACAUACAUCUUGCAGCUCUUUUCUACACCCAAGAUUUAAAGACGUACGGUUUUGAAGAAAUAUUAAAGCCUCUAAUUGAUGAUUUGAAAAUUUUAGAAACUGAAGGAAUCCAACUUCCAUUUAUUGAUGAACCGGUGUUUGGCUCUGUAAUUCAAGUCACGGGAGAUAAUCUUGCUUUAAAUAGUGUGCUUGGCUUUGUUGAAUCUUUCGGUGCAACAUACUUUUGUAGGUUCUGUCUGACAGAUAAGGAAGAAAUUCAGUCCAUUAUUUCUGAGGAUAAUCCAAGAAUUACUCUGCGCUCCAGAGAGCUUCAUAUCGAACAUUGUAAUGCACUAAGUGAAGAUCCUGCUCUACCUACUGUUUAUGGUGUUAAAAAACCUUGUGUGCUUAAUUCAUUACAGUAUUUUCAGUGUACAGAUAAUUUUGCAGUUGAUAUAAUGCAUGAUUUGUUGGAGGGUGUCGUGCAGUAUGAGCUAAAGCUGUUUUUUCAGUAUCUGCUUAAAAAUGGUUACAUGUCUAUGAACACAUUGUCAGAUAGGAUACAGAGUUUUAAUUAUGGUCACAUGGAACGUAAAAACAAACCGAGCCACUUAAAAAUUGAGGACAACAGUAAGCACUUAGGUUUAAGUGCAAUUCAGUCAUGGUGUAUUCUACGCAAUACCCCACUUAUUUUUGGUGAUGUGGUUGAAAGGGACAAUGAUCACUGGAACUUAUUGCUCCUCUUAAUACAGAUUGUUGAUAUAGUUUUCUCCCCUAUCCUUACUGAUGGGAUGAUAUGUUACCUAAAACAUUUGAUCUGUGACCACCAUAACAUGUUCAAAACUUUGUUCCACGAUAAGAAAUUGAUUCCCAAACACCACCUAAUGAUACAUUAUCCAAGGAUUAUAAAGAAAAUUGGCCCUCUUAUACAUAUGUGGUGUAUGCGAUUUGAGGCAAAACACAAUUUUUUUAAGAAGUCUGUAAAAAAUUUUAAAAACCUUACUAAAUCUCUAGUAAAGCAACACAAGCGUCAACUGGCAUUUUACUAUGAAAAUUAUUAUUUUAAACGGUUUGAGAUUGGUCCUUUAAAAAUGAAAAGCAUUGAUAGCCUGAAAGGUGGAGAAUUACUCUGUCAUACCUUACAAUUAGAUCCAUGUUCAGAUGUUUCAACUACACGUUGGGUCAGAAAUUAUGGCACAGAGUACCAGAUUGACUUGUUGCUAUGCACUGGAACAUCCCAUGAUGACCUACCUGUAUUUAAGAAAAUCUGUAAUAUCAUAAUACAUGAACAACGUGCUUUAAUAAUAGGCUGUGCUGUUGCCACACUGUACUUCGAUGAACAUUUUCAUGCAUACUGUAUAAAAGAGCAAAGUAAUGAACAUACUGUGAUUUUCAUUGACCAGCUGACAUAUUUUAGACCGUUUGAUAAGCAGUACUGUAAUGAGAGUGAGAGGACA